GGUUCACGUUAAAACGUGAUAUCGGAUCGAGCUCGUAAUCAGUCUGUUAAAUGCAUUGUCAAAACUCAUAAUGGCGAACAGUGACUUUGAUGUGGACCUCUUUGAGCGAAGACUUCACACUCUGAAGGAUUCCCAGGAGUCUAUACAGAGUCUCUCGGCCUGGUGUCUGGAGAGGCGACAACACCAUAAAAAGAUUGUUGCUACUUGGUUGCAAGUCUUAAAAAAAGUAAAAGUUGAACAUCGGCUGACACUCUUUUACCUGGCGAAUGAUGUUAUUCAAUAUUCCAAGAGAAAGAAUUUUGAGUUUGUGGAGUCGUGGGGGACGACUCUGCAACGCGCGACAACUAUGGUCAGGGACGAGAAAGUGAAGCACCGUAUAUUAAGGAUAUUUAAGAUCUGGGAUCAGAGACAAGUGUACGAUGAAGAGUUUCUGGCAGAUUUGUCCGGGUUAAUUUCAGCUGCUCCGAAAAAGAAAUUGGAGCCUCAGCAGUCAGCAGCUCCGGAAGAGUUUCAAGCUGCUCUACUUAUUUCUACUAUGAGAUCAUGUGCUACAUUGGAACAAGCAACAGAUGCUAGAUUACGAGACUUGAGGGAAAGUAAUGUAGAUGUUGAAAAUGCAGAAGAAUUGUGCGCUUCUCUUAAAGAUAGAAGGAGGGUUGAGGAUGCAGAGAAAGAAGUGGAUUCAGCGGUGGUAAAUGUUGAAAAUUAUGUUCGUGCAUUGGAAGCAGAAAUUAGGGAAAGGACACAAGUUCUUGAGUUAUUAGAACAAGCAGAUCAGUUUUAUGAGACUCAGAGGGGUGAAGUUAAAAUAGUUACUAAUGCAUACAGGAAUUUCGGAAGUCGUGUGAAAAAUUUAAAGAAAAAAUUGGACGAACUUUUACCAACAUUAGUGUCUCCAAUUCCAUCACCGGACAUCAAUGCUCCAUCUCCAAGUCCUGAUAGCGAUAUAGACCUUCCUGGAGAUGAAAACCAACCUCAGCAUCAAUUGGGAAUGAUCGAUGUAGCUCCACCAUCUAUGUACGGAUCAUACUCGCAUGAUUAUGAUCCUGUGCCUGUUCCAGCUCCUGAAAUGGGUCAGGGCAACGAUUCUGGUGACUUUACCAAUAACUUUUCGUCCUUUAUAGGAGGAAAUAUGGAUUUUGGUAAUAUGAGGAAUAUAUUUAACGAGAGGUCAUCGACGCCUACUGGAAUGUCACAACAGUAUAACGAUUCUUUAGAGGCUAAACCAAUAGAAGUAAUCAGCAUGAGGCCCUCCAAGAAUGAAAGUACUAGCGCAGACUUUAAUAUUUCUAGCUUCUUAAAAACUGUUCUUCCUUCUUCUGACGGAACACAAGACCCUGGUGGAAUCCCAGGUCUGGGAUUAGAUAUUCCCGACUCCCAAGUAGGGUCUCCGCAGCGUUCCAAUUACAGACAUUCACCCGUAUUAGGACAGCAUUCUGUAACCCCUGUGAUCUCAAGAAUGAUGGGUGUGAACAAUUGCCAGAUAUCCCACAGUACGCCAUUGCCCGUUCGGAAUAUGUCCGGCGAGUCGCAUACCCCAUCUCCAUAUUCCAGUCAGAACAGUCAGAGUAACAUUACCGGGCUCUUCGACGCUCCUACUAAUAACAAUACAGUCAAUCCAUUACCACCCCCGCCGUUACCGCCGCCGAUUUUUCUCGACGACGAGAACUGUUACAACAAGUUGCCACCCAAGUUUCCCACGUGGACACCACCGAACGAAACGAUCAAGGAACCAGCCAAAUGGGAGGAAAAGGGAAAGAAUAGCAUGAAUCCUACCUGGCCCGGUGAGUGUGAUGAGAAAUCGAAAGCCUGGAUGGACGGAGAGUCUGAUAGGUGGGAUCCAUCUAACGAGACCACGUGGAUAAACCCUGUCAGAUGGUACGAUGAUCCUCCACCACAAGACUCUCUUCUAAGCACCACCGGGGACGUAGAUCAUAGGGUGAUACCAAUUCCGAUGACAGUGGAGAAUCAAUUACCGUAUCGAUUGAUGAAAGCAGCGGAUGUCGAUCACCGUAACUUGAUCAGUUUGACGGGCAGCCCGGCCAAUCAUAACGUGAACGACAAUUCUAUGAGCACGAUACCCAAUAGUAGUAGCUUGUGGUCCACGGGCGAUCAGGAUUACCGGCGACACAUGCAACCCGGUGAUAUCGUUGAAAGUGUUGACAUGGAGAUGUCGGACGACGAGACCGACAGUAAACCAAAGGGGAGGGUAUUGGUAGACGUCCGGUCGCAGGACAGGGACAUGAGAGUUGGUAAUCCACCGCCGUCACAGCACAUGGACAUGGACAUGCGUAUGAUCCCGCUUCCGUCGGGGCAAAUGCCGGGGCCGCACGGUUCAAUGAUGCAGGACGUGCACAUGAUGCAUUCCGGACCACCUCCGCCUCCGCCCCCGCCGCCUCAGUUUCAUCCGAAUCAGGGAUCGUUUCAUCAGGACCAAGGGGAGUUCCGUCACAAUCCGUCGUCCGACUUCCAUCCGUCGCAGUCGGGUUUCCAUCAGAAUCGGCCGCCACCGAGUUUUCUGCAGAACCAACAGGACUUCGGCCCGCAGGAUUUCCAUCAGAUGCGUGGCCAACCGGACUUUCCACCCCAGGACUUCGAGUACCGCGAGAAUCACAACAUGAGAUCGAAUCAGGAGUUUCUCGGCGAAUCACAGAUGCGCGGCAGGUAUUCGCAGCCUGAUCAUCCGCACCGUGACAUGCCGUUCCAUCGAAAGGACAGAGGACGGGGCGGCGGUCGUGGUUUCUCAAGGAAUCGACGGGACCGAUACUCCGACGAUCACAACAAACCAAGGAACAUUCAGAAUAAUCGUAAACGAUCUCAGGACCAGCACCAGAGAUCGUCGCCGGAAAUUCUGCCGAACUGUCGACCUCUGUUGCUCCAACCGCCGGACACGGUGGUGAUUCUCGACGAGGAGGGUAUGCCGAUAGGUAUCCCGGACGACAAGGACAAUCCAUCGAACACGGACCACCAGCCGGACCAGGAACAGGAGGAGAGUCCCCAGUCACAUCCCCCGGAUCGUAGAUCGUCGCACGGUACCCCCAACUCACGGGAUCACGAUCAAUCGACAUACUCCGGCGGAUCCAGUCACGUUCACGAGCACGAGCCUGAUGGCCCGUCCUCGGAGCCCGAGGACCAACAACAAGUGACCGUUGUGCCCGUUGCCGCGGACUCCAAAGACUCCCAGCACAGUCAUUACGUGCCUAUAUCCGAGUACGAGGAGCACGUCGAGUCCGAGCCCGUGAUAUCGGAGAAGAUCUGCGAGAUCGGCGAGUCCCCGGAGACCGUUGCUCUGGAGAUGAUCAGCUUCGCCGAGCAGCAACAGCAGCACAUGGAGCAACUGGAAGAUCUGGUGAACGAGUCGAGCAACGAUCUUAAGAGACCAUCGACGAACGGUGGUUUCGACGAUCCGAACGAUCUGAACUCCAGUAAAAAGAGGCUACUCUUGAAUGGGCCGCAGACACCGAACGUGUCCGAUUCCAGCGUGAACGGACCCAUUCCCCAGGCGGCGACCGUUUUGGAUACGCAUCCGGGGUCUGGUAUCUACGAGUUCGACGGCCCUUUAGGACCUAAUUUCCGGCCCCGUCUCGCCGGACCUGUUCCGUUCCCACCGUGGAGGGGCGGUCCGCCGCGUGGACGAGGCUUCAGGGGCGGGCCAAGGGGGGCCCCGUGGAUGGACAGAGGCCCUCGUGGCCCCGCGAUCGGCACCUUCGUACCGAGGGGCAUGAAACGUGGUGGCGGUGGCGGUAGCGGCCAGUUCCGUGGCAACGGGUUCAGGGGUCGGGGACGGGGCAACAAUUGGUAGAGCAGAGCCCACGUGUGAAUCUGUGUCAAAAAUUAAAAACAAUAGAAAAGAAAGACGAGAUCUGCACCCGCUUUUAACGCGACCGUUUUUUGAUAUUUGUGUACAUACACCCGUUGGUUUUGCGAACCGUCGAAAAUAAAACUCGGGACAAUCAAAAAGUUUUGGUCCCGCGAGCCACCCCGUCUCUUUAACCCUUCGGAGGAAGCCAGAUUCCCCCCCAUGCCCCGCCCCCCUGGGACCGUGGCCCCGAGAUCUUCCAUCGAAGACACCUUCGUGUCUUCGGCGUACGGGAAGAUACUCCCCCCACCCCUCGCUUUCUGUGCGAUUGAUUCGCCUAUAUACAUAUAUACAUAAACUAUAUAAAUAUAUAG